UGGUGGGCUGAAUUAAUUGUGAACACUGAACACACUACACAAUCAACUUGACAUUUCAGAAAUUUAUGGAAGGGAAUUGACGGGACUGGUGAGCACUAAAGAAUACUAAAGUUGAGGGGAGGGUGUUUUCAAUAUUUUAGUGUUUCGAAACUCAAAUAAUAGUGAUUAUUAUACAUUGAGUGAGUAUUUUCUUGAAUAGGUGAUGUGAAAUUAUUGGAAAUAGUGUAAAAUUCUGGUGAUUGUUGGAGGUAUAGCCGAAGACAUCUAUGGAUUUUGGGUUGAAUAGAAGAGUGGACCCAUUUAUGUUUAUCAACUUUUAAACGUUUAAACCAGAAGCCUUACGAUAUAAUAUUAAAAUUUAAAGUACAUUAUUAUAUUCCUGCUCAGGAUGAGCUAGUAAUUUUUAUUACUUAUACCAGGGAGGCACUUAGCUAAUUAAGAAUUUUGGUGGUUAUGUCUGCUUCUAAUUGUGUAUAUGUUAAAAUUGUCUUAUAACUAGCUCAUGGGUUUCAUUGUUUAAAACGCAUAUUUUAAUAGAAAACUCUUCUAAUGAAGGUGUGCAACACUAUUAGAAAAACUCCAUGUAUGAUCUUUUGGAAUGUUCAAUUAACCAAGCAAUGGAGACAGAAUCUGUAAAGUCUGCUUUGAGUGAACAAAGUUCAAGAUCUAAAAGGUCACGAUCACAUGGUCAUCGUUCUAGUCAUCGAAGCCAUUCCCAUAGAAGUAACAGAACUAGUAAAAGUCAACGAAAAGGUGAAAUCAUGGCUCCAUUUCAGACUGCGGUUACAUUAGCCGAUGAUAAUAGAGAUGGACAAGAAGUAAUUGAAGUUCAGAUCUUGCCACAGGAUGAAAAUUGGGGUGAAAAUACGACAGCAGUGACAGGCAACACAUCGGAGCAGUCGGGAUCGGUGGAAGACGUGAGUCUAUGGCCCACAGAUCCUGACACUGGGAUGGGCUUCCUCUGUCACCGUUACAUGGGCUCAGUGUUGACUGUCAUCCUGUCAGCUGUAGCAUUCGUCUCCCCUCUGGCUAUGGUCGUCCUGCCUAAAUUAGGGUUUUUCCCCGAGCUGGCGCCCAACAUGAGUGCACAUCAGCGGCAACAGCUACUGUCCUGUGGGGCUGAGUGCAAGGGACUCCUUGUGUCACUGGUGUUCAAGCUGGUCUUGCUGGCAGCUGGCACAUGGGGUGUGUUCCUGCGCAAGCCUCGCUCCACCAUGCCUCGCAUUUUUCUCUUCCGAGCUACUGUGCUUCUACUCGUUCUGGUCUGCAUAUUUUCCUACUGGCUUUUCUACAUUGUACAGAUAACUGAAGGUGUGAGAGCGUCAGUAACCGGAGAGGAUGUGUUGGAGUACAGGGCAUUGGUUGCCUACUCCUCCAACCUUACUGACACAUUGCUGUUUAUUCAUUACUUGGCAGUCGUACUGAUUGAAGUUAGACAUCUACAGCCUACGUAUUAUAUCAAGGUUGUAAGAAGCCCAGACGGGGAGAGCAGAGCGUACUGCAUCGGUCAGCUAAGUAUCCAACGAGCGGCUGUGUGGGUGUUGGAGCGCUACUACACAGAGUUCCCCAUCUAUAACCCGUAUCUGGAGCGCAUACCUGUCUCCAAGUCAUCUCGCAAGCAGUCGUCUAGCUUCAAGUUUUAUGAUGUUGAUGGAAUCAAUAACACAACAAUACCUCAAAGCCAGUCCCGGGCAGUGUUGACUGCUCAUGCUAGGAGGCGAGACUCCAGCCAUAAUGAGCGUUUUUAUGAAGAACAUGAUUAUGAAAGACGAGUUAAAAAAAGAAGAGCAAGACUCAUCACAGCAGCUGAAGAGGCUUUCACUCAUAUCAAGCGCCUUCAUCAUGAGCCAGUGCCUGCAAUUCCAAUGGACCCACAUGAAGCGGCGCAGGCUGUGUUCCCAUCUCUGGCACGAGCACUUCAAAAGUACCUGAGGGUGACUCGGCAGCAGCCCAGACAUACUGUGGAGUCUAUCCUCGCACAUCUUGCCUCUUGUCUGAGCCACGAUCUAUCGCCUCGCGCCUUCCUUGAGCCAUUCCUCAUCCCAGCUCCAGUUCUGCAGAAUGAAAAGGAACAGAAAAGUGUACAAUCAUGGUCACUGAUUUGUGACGAGCUGCUGUCACGGCCAUUGGGACCCAACACCAUAUUCCAGUUGCGACAGAACGACGUAUCACUGCUGUGUCAGGUGCGUGAGUUGCCACACUUCAAUCUCACGGAGGAGGUGGUGGACCCCAAAUCCAAUAAGUUUGUGUUGAGACUCAACUCUGAGACGUCGGUCUGACCCCACGCUCACUGUGGGGAUGUCCACAUUAACAUGCAGCCCCACUUCUACUAGCGCACUUCGUACUGUUAACGGGUUAUGGUAUUGAACAAGAACAAGGGUUUGUAUAUUUUAUCUGAAUGAUGAUAAGUGCUUCACUUAAGACAUCUGUUUUGUAUAUACUCUACUACGUACAUCACUCACGUUUCCUUAUCGUCUCGUAUGUAACAAAAUACUCUAUCUGACCUCAAUGUCUGGGGUUCCUUCUUAGGCAGGUAUUCUUUCUCAGCCACAAUACACAAAUUGAUUGAUUCAAUGAAGAAUUAAACUUUUUUUUUGUUACAAUUAAUAUAAAAAAACUUGUGUUUCAAAUUGAGCCUCAUAGUGUUAUUUGUUUUCUUUUGUUUUUCGUUUCUACAUAGAAGGCCAGUUGUCUUAAAGAGUUGCCUUGUAUUAUGCCCAAAUUCUUUAUUCUAAUAUUUGUACAUAGUUUUAUAUGUUUAAUACUUUAUAUUAACACUUAUUAUUGUAUAUUUCUUAUUUUUGUAUUGAAAGAAAACCAUACUUUUCAGAAACAAUCAUAGGUAUAUUCAUACCUUAUUGUUACAUUGAGAUCCACUAGCCAAAUAUAGCUAAUCUGAGCACCUUCAGCUAGAGAAUAAAACACAAAAGUAGAGAUUAUUUAAAGAAAAAUUAUCUUUAACAACAAUGGAUAUUAUUGGUUAUCUUUAGUAAUAAAAAAUAAAAUGUAAUUGUUUGCUUUCACAGUAUUAUUUAUUAUAAACAAUUCAACAUUUGUAAACAGACCGAUAGGCACCUCAAACCGACCUCCAACCACAAAUAGUUCAUAUAGAUAAGUUAUGUUAUUUUAAAAUGAUAUAAUCUUAGUUUAGUUCAAUACAUUAUUCUGGUUUGUGUGAGGAACACCUCUGAUAUUAUGAUAACAACAGGUACAAGAUGCUUUAAAAUGUGUUAGGACUGAUGUAAUAUUGAAUUUGAGGUUCCAUAUUUCCUCUUACCAUGUAGGCAUGUAUUUAUAAGUAACUCUAAAAUUUGGUGUUGUGCAUUCUUGUAAACCAGCUUUGUUCCAACAAUAAAUGUAGUAACAAAUAAGUGACAGUACUUUGUAUUGCACAAUAACAAUCAAAACUUUAAUUUAUUGUAGACAAUUACAAGUAAACAUAAUGACGGUUAAGAAAAUUAUUGUACAAUGAACUCGGUUAAUCCAAACAGAAAUUUUUUCAGAGUGUCAUCUAAACAGGAUUCUUCUGUACUAAAGUCAGUUAAAUAUUUAACUUCAAUAUGUUUGCAAUAUGGUUCUGAUUUUUGUGACAAAUCAGUUUUAUUGUUAUCAGUUAACUGAUAAAUACAAAUGUAAUGGUUAAAGUGAACAUUUUUAGAGGAGUUUUGAUUUGUACAUGUAUUUGUAUAAGCACAAGGUCUGAAACCUGAGUAUAUUUCAAGAUAUCUAAUUUUUAUUUUAAAUUUUCAAUAGAUCCAAUUUUUGUAUUGUGGUUGAAUUUGAAACAUUAUUAGUUGGUGAUAGAUUUAAGAUAAGAUGUAAAUUAGUAAAAUUCAAUUCGGCAACAUCAUCAAAUAUUGAUGCCCAAUAUUUGGGUUGUAACAAUAUCUCUUUGCAACCAAGACUGAAUCCUUUACUUGUUUACUUUUAUAUUUUUAUACUAUAAUAAGUUUGUUAACUUAAUUUUUGGAUUUAAAUUUUUAUAACAUUUUAUAUUUUAUUAUCUAAUUUUUAUUAGUUUAAUUACAUUGUUUAUGUUAAACACCUUUAACAAACUUCUAUUAGUUAUUACAUCAAUUUUUUAGCCUGUAUCAGGUAAUUUUAUGAAUGGUAAAAUUAUUUACCAGGAAACAGGUACUUAAUAUGUUUUAUUUUGGAUUUUUCUAUGUUUCAUAGAUUUGAAAAGAUCUUACUGUUAACUCUUGUAUUACACAGUAUUGUUUUAGUAAAUAAUAGAAAUUAGAUGUGUUAGAAUGAUGUUUGAAUUCUGUUAUAUGCUCCCAAUCUUGUCUUUAUACUAACUAAGUAUAGUUUUCUAGCUGUAUGUAACUAAUAUAAGGUAUUAUUGAACUUAGCUGUUAGCCCAGAUCUUGUGGACAUCCACUGUUCAUGCAGUAUAUGUCACAUGCAUCAUGUCUACUGACUUGAUAGCAUGGAAAUAUGAGAACAAACACUGCUC